AUGACCAACGGCAUCGACACCCCUUCUCUUCCGCCCAAGGGCGACACCUCCUGGAAGAUCACCAACAAGAUCGCAAAGGCCGAAAAGGAAGGCCGCAUCUGGUGGAGCUUCGAGUACUUCCCGCCCCGCACCGCACAGGGCCUCACCAACCUCUAUGACCGCAUCGAGCGCAUGGCCGAUCUCGGCCCCGAGUUCGUCGACAUCACCUGGAAUGCAGGUGGUCGCACCUCCGACCUCACCGCUUCGCUCGUAAAGACCGUACACACCUACAUCGGCCUCGAGACGUGCAUGCACCUCACCUGCACCAACAUGCCUCGCGACAAGAUCGACACCGCCCUCAAGGAGGCCAAGGAGUUCGGCUGCCGCAACAUCCUCGCCCUCCGUGGUGACCCUCCCGCCGGACAGUCCGAGUGGGAGCCGCACGCCGCCGGCUUCACCCAGGCGCAGGAGCUCGUCGAGUACAUCCGCCAGCAGUACGGCGACUACUUUGCCAUCGCCGUCGCAGGCUUCCCCGAGGGCCAUCCCGAGGCAGUCGACGGCCCCGAAAAGGAGCUCGAGCGUCUCAAGUCCAAGAUCGACGCCGGCGCCGACUUCAUCUUCACCCAGAUGUUCUACGACUUUGACAUCUUUGCAAAGUGGGUCAAGGACGUCCGGGCCGCCGGCAUCACCUGCCCCAUCAUUCCCGGCGUCAUGCCCAUCCAGACCUACGGCGGCUUCCAGCGCGCAACCGCUCGGUUCGGCACGCUCGUGCCCCAGUACUUCCACGACGCCCUCGACCCGGUCAAGGACGACGACCAAAAGGUGCGAGAGAUCGGCACCCGCCUCGUCGGCGACAUGUGCAAGAAGAUCGUCGGUACGGGCCUCGGCAUCAGCGGCCUGCACAUCUACACCAUGAAUCUCGAGAAGGGCUCGCGCAUGCUCCUCGACUACCUCGGCCUCACGCCGUCCGUCAACCAGGUCAGCCCGCUCCCCUGGACCCCCAGUCUCACCCCCAAGAGGCGAGACGAAAAGAUCCGCCCCAUCUUCUGGGCCAACCGCGCAAAGAGCUACGUCAACCGCACAGAGACCUGGGACGAGUUCCCCAACGGCCGUUGGGGCGACGCGCGCUCCCCCGCCUACGGUGACGUCGACGCGUACGGUGUCAAGCUGCGCUACUCGAACGACGAGGCCAAGGAGAUGUGGGGCACGCCCCAGUCGCUCGACGACGUCAAGGCGCUCUUCCAGCGAUUCUGCGCCGGCCAGAUCAAGGCGCUCCCCUGGUCCGAGACGCCCGUCGCACGCGAGACGUCGGUGAUCAGCGAAAAGCUCACCAGGAUGAACCAGCUCGGCUUCCUCACCAUCAACUCGCAGCCUGCCGUCGACGGCGCUCGCAGCGACGACAAGGUGCACGGCUGGGGCCCCAAGAACGGCUACGUCUACCAGAAGGCGUACCUCGAGUUCUUUGUGUCGCCCGAGGAUCUGGAUGCGCUCAUCGCUCGCAUCGAGGCCGACGUGCAGAUCACCUACCACGCCGUCAACGCGCAGGGCGACAUGCGCACCAACACCAACUCGGAAGCGCCCAACGCCGUCACCUGGGGCGUCUUCCCGCACUGCGAGAUCAUCCAGCCCACGAUUGUCGAGUCGAUCUCGUUCCUGGCGUGGAAGGACGAGGCGUACGAGAUCGGACGCAAUUGGGCCAAGGUGUACGAGCCGUCGUCGCCCUCGCGCAAGUUCCUCGAGACCAUGUUUGACAACUACUUCCUCGUGAACGUGGUGCACAACGACUUCAAGGCGGCCGACGCCAUCUUUGAGCCGUUCCUCAGCGCGGCCAAGGGCGCCGAGGCCAACGGCGCGCUCUCGGGCCUGGGUGCGAGCGUGAGCGACGCCGCUGACAAGGUCUCCAAGGCCAUCUCUUCGCUCGCCAACGGCGGCGCUGCCAACGGACACGCAGCUCCGCAGACUCCCGCACCGGCUACUUGA